AACUUUUUUCUCAUCAUCUUUGCCUUCUUCAACUUCACCAUUGGCAACAACAAAAUGGACUUCCAUUUUGCUUUCAAAUUGCUUCUGUUAACCCUCCUGCUAACGUCACCGGCGGUGAGGUUGGUGACAGCAGAUGCAGAGAAAGACAAGGAGGAGUGCACGCAGCAAUUGGCGGGGAUGGCCACGUGUCUGCCGUACGUGAGCGGUGACGCAAAAUCUCCCACACCCGACUGUUGCAAUGGGCUGAAGGAAGUUCUGAAGAGCAACAAGAAGUGCUUGUGCGUUAUAGUUAAAGACCGAAAUGACCCUGAUUUGGGGCUUCAGAUUAAUGUCACGCUCGCCUUGGGCUUGCCUGAUUCUUGCCAUGCCUCGGCCAAUGUCUCCAAUUGUCCCGCUCUUUUAAACUUGCCACCAAAUUCCCCAGAGGCUCAAGUUUUCUAUCAAUUGGGCAAGAGCAACAGCUCCUCUGCUGCUGCUUCAGCAGCUGCUCCAAUUAGCCCUUCUUCUACCACUAAUUCUACUGUUGGAGGGGGAAGCAGAAUUGGACCAGACAAGGGUGAAGCUUGCUACAGAGGAAACAAAUGGCUGCCAUUGGAGAACUUGGUUUUUGGAGCUCUUUUACUCUGUUUUUUCUUGGAUUCACUCUAUGUGUAGACAAUAUGUUGAGUUUAUUCAUCUUUUUCUAUUUGAUGCUAUGUUGUCGUAACUCGUGAGAAUAUGACAUAUUCUGUUCGUUUUUUAACAAGAUAUUUAUGGUUGGUUUUCAAGGUGAGAAAGAAUGUGAAAGUUUAACUAUUUAUUACUA